UCGUACGUAAAUGUUUCAAGGCGGGUGCACGCGUCGCCGCCUCGCUAAUAAACCUGAAUUCAGAGUUAGUGAAAAAAAAGAAAAUUAUAUACAUAAAGUGAAAUACAAUGGAUACGUUACAGACAAUUCAAUGUGCUACUCCACGACUAGAACCCAGCAUUCAAUUUUAAGUGCAUAAGAGUAAAUUUCCUACUUGGCCAAUGAAAAGUAAAGUCAAAGUGAAUUUUUUUCAGUCUAAAAGAAAAAAAUUGCAAAAAAUUUGGCCACAUAAUUAUUAACAUAGCCAAAUCCAGCAAAUCAUUUGAAAACAACUCCGGUCAAGAGCACAGAUACAGCUGUGUACCUAUAAUAAUUUGAAAAAAGGCUAAAGCAACAAAAUGUUAAUACGAGAAAUGCAAGCUACAGAAUUGAUGGUGGCUAAAAAUCAUAGUGAAGUUUGAAAGGUCCCCACCUAAUUGGGACAGUGAAGAAGAGUAAAACGGUGCCAACCUUAAAGUGAUACCCUAUAAUUUAAUUGAUGUGAGUUCGACGUCACAUUUGCAAUACGCGGUGCAUAAGAAGAUCACAAAUUUCCAAAUACAAUUGUACACAUACUCAUUGUAUUUUGUGAUUGUUGUAUUCGAAUCCCGACUAUAACACACCCAUCGUCUGCAACGAGUAUCGGCCGUGGUACGCGUUUAACGAACACUGUUGGAUUACUUCUCGUCUGGUGCAAAACCCAAAACUUCGUCUUUCACCAACUAACUGCCCAUCAUCAUCUUUGUAGUCAUCUGUGCUUUUGGAUAUAAUUCCCACCUUCCGUGUAAUACGUCGACUGGAUGAGAUAUAUGAAUGCUUGUGCAGCACCAGCAUACAUACGUUAAUGGGAAAAUAUGACUGUCUGACAUAUUUUCUACAAAUUAAUUUGGCCAACCAACAAAAAAAAUGUUCUGCGUCGAAUACUUAAGGGCGUACAAAUGAACAUAACGUGCCCCGGAUAACAUUCGUUUACAGCUGCUACUAUCGACAACAAAAUCUAAGGCUACAGCAGAAACCGAAACAACAACAAACAUUCCUUUUUGUUGACUACCUACCUACUCUUCUUAUCCAUUCUAAAUGAAAGUGAUUGAGUAGCAGAUCACCGACUCUUCUGCUCUGUUUGCUAUCUCUCUGGCUGUCGCUUAUACAUUAUUUUACUCUCUGUUAUUGCCUUUGGGCUUCUCACAUAAACUCGACCUCACUUGUAGCUCGCUGACAUAUGAGGGCAAACUAAGAGUUUUUAAUGACUUGAUAAUUAGUGUUCGUAAAGUGUGUAUGUAAGUUGGUCGUGCUGCGAGACGCCAAACCUAAUGUAAAUCGUUUGCUUCUUUUUGCCUUCGCGUCGUUUACAUACGGAAAGAAAAAGAAAAAAUCAAUUGUAGCAAUUCUACUCCCAUAUUGGGAAGUGUAUACAAGAUAAAAUAAGAUGUAAUAAUAACGAAUUUCACAGGGAUAUCCUCCACCUUGGGUGAAGUGAAAUAAGGAUAACAAGUGGUUUUAUUGAGUGUUUUUUUAAACAAAACAGCACAAGGCUGUACUCGCCUAUAAGUGGCAUAAAGCGAAUCCAAUCAAGGUGAAGAGUAGCGUGAAUUUAUUUGUGGAGUUUGUCGGUCACAAACCAAGUGUUUAUUUAAAAUUUCGGCAAUAGGAUACAAUAUUUCAAGGACUUUGUCCAUGUGUAGAAAAAACAAUGGCGGAUUCAAAAGCCCCAAUUCGAUUUAAAGGAGGCACACGAUCAAGAACAAAUUCCCCAUUCUGGCUGCUCUUUCGGAUAUUACUAGGUGUUCUAGUUCUGCGAUGGAGUGCUGUUACGACUGUGUUCGCUGAACCAUUUGGAGGUGGUUCAGUAGGAAUACAUAUACCUGGAGCCAGUUUAAGCGCCAUCAGUGAAGCGAGAUGUCCUAGAAUAUGCACGUGCAAUGGAUUAACUGUUGACUGUUCGCAUCGAGGAUUAACCCAAGUUCCGCGCAAAAUAUCAGCCGAUGUGGAAAGACUUGAUCUACAAGGCAAUAACAUAACUGUGAUCUUCGAGUCUGAUUUUCAGAGAUUAACUAAGCUUAGAGUACUGCAACUGACGGACAACCAAAUCCACACCAUUGAAAAAGGAUCGUUGCAGGAUCUCAUAUCGUUGGAGCGAUUACGCCUCAAUAACAAUCGACUUAAGGCAAUACCUGAUAACUUAGUCACAAGUUCAGCGAGUCUUUUGCGAUUGGAUGUGUCGAAUAAUGCGAUUGCCACUAUCGGUCGGCGAGUGUUUAAAGGGGCACAAUCACUACGCAGCCUACAGCUGGACAAUAAUCAAAUUACCUGUAUGGACGAGCAUGCUUUUAAGGGGCUGUCGGAGUUGGAAAUACUCACUCUCAAUAACAACAAUUUGACAACCUUGCCACAUAACAUAUUCAGCGGUUUGAGCCGAUUACGGGCAUUGCGUCUCUCGGAUAAUCCCUUUUCCUGCGAUUGCCACUUAUCGUGGAUGUCCCGUUUUUUGCGCAGUGCUCCCCGUCUUGCCCCUUAUACACGGUGUCAAUCUCCAUCCCAGCUGAAGGGCCAAAAUGUGGCAGACCUACAUGACCAAGAAUUCAAAUGCUCAGGAUUGACCGAACAUGCACCCCUCGAGUGCGGCCUUGAGAGCAGCUGCCCCCACCCUUGUAGAUGUGCAGAUGGUAUUGUGGAUUGCCGUGAAAAGAGUCUUAAUAUCGUGCCGGCUACAUUGCCUGAGGAUACCACUGAAUUACGUUUGGAACAAAAUUUUAUCACAGAACUACCCCCUAAAGCAUUUGCGAAUUUUCGACGUUUGAGACGAAUAGACUUGUCUAAUAACAAUAUCUCAAGAAUAGCCCACGAUGCUUUAAGUGGUCUUAAAUCAUUAACAACACUGGUUUUAUAUGGCAACAAAAUAAAGGAUUUGCCUUCGGGUGUUUUUAAAGGUCUUUCAUCGCUUCAACUACUGCUACUAAAUGCUAAUGAAAUCUCGUGCAUUCGCAAGGAUGCCUUCCGCGAUUUGCACAGCCUCAGCCUUUUAUCCUUGUACGACAAUAACAUUCAGACCCUCGCAAAUGGCACUUUUGAUGCGAUGAAGAGCAUUCAGACACUGCAUUUGGCAAAGAAUCCUUUUAUUUGUGAUUGUAAUCUUAGAUGGCUGGCCGACUACUUGCACAAAAACCCAAUUGAAACGAGUGGUGCUCGAUGUGAAUCGCCCAAGCGGAUGCAUCGUCGACGGAUUGAAACUUUACGAGAAGAGAAGUUCAAGUGUUCCUGGGACGAACUGCGAAUGAAACUUUCUGGAGAAUGUCGUUUGGACACUGACUGUCCAACUUUAUGCCAAUGCGACGGAACCGUGGUGGAUUGCUCUGGGCGCAACCUUAAGGAAAUUCCACGCGACAUACCACUGCACACUACCGAAUUGCUUUUGAAUGAUAACGAAUUGGGACGCAUAACAUCGGACGGCCUUUUUGGUCGUUUGCCACAUUUAGUUAAAUUGGAUAUAAGGCGUAAUCAGAUUGUUGGUAUCGAAGCGAACGCUUUUGAGGGUGCCUCGCACAUACAGGACCUACAAUUAGCGGAAAACAAAAUCAAAGAGGUAUCUAAUAAAAUGUUCUUGGGUCUGCAUCAAUUAAAAACUCUGAAUCUAUACGACAAUCAAAUUUCUUGUGUUAUGCCAGGAUCCUUUGAGUUUCUCACGUCGCUCACUUCACUAAAUCUGGCAUCAAAUCCCUUCAACUGCAACUGCCACUUGGCAUGGUUCUCCGAUUGGCUACGAAAAAGGCCUCUAAGCGGGGGAGCAGCUCGAUGUGCUUCUCCGACAAAGGUUCGUGACAUGCAAAUAAAAGAUUUAGCCCACAAUGAAUUUAAGUGCACUUCGGAGAAUAACGAUGGCUGUUUGGGAGACGACUACUGUCCUCCCAUGUGCACAUGUACGGGGACGGUUGUGCGAUGUUCGCGUAAUAAUUUAACGGAAAUUCCUCGCGGAAUACCUAGCGAGACAUCCGAACUUUACUUGGAGUCCAAUGAAAUAUCGUCGGUACAUCACGAUCGCAUUCGCCAUCUGAAAUCGCUCACGAGAUUAGAUUUGAGCAACAACAAGAUAACAGUACUAUCAGACUACACGUUUGCAAACUUAACCAAACUGUCCACUUUAAUAAUAUCGUACAAUAAUUUACAAUGCCUGCAACGCCAUGCUCUCUCCGGAUUAAACAACUUGAGAGUGCUCUCUUUGCAUGGAAAUCAGAUAUCAAUGAUGCCAGAUGGCUCAUUCGAAGAUUUAAAAUCAUUAACCCACAUAGCUCUGGGAAGUAAUCCACUGUACUGUGAUUGCUCACUGAAAUGGUUCUCCGAUUGGAUCAAAAUGGACUACGUAGAACCGGGUAUAGCGCGAUGCUCCGAGCCGGAAUAUAUGAAAGACAAGUUGGUUCUUUCUACCCCUUCGCAUAAUUUUAUUUGCAAGGGUAAAGUAAGCAACGAUAUAUUGGCCAAAUGCGACACAUGCUUCACAUACCCAUGUCAGAACAAGGCCAAGUGUGUGUCACUACCACAGCGUGACUAUAAGUGUCUCUGUCAGCCGGGAUACCAUGGAAAGCACUGUGAAUUUAUGAUUGAUGCCUGUUAUGGAAACCCGUGUCGGAACAACGCAACAUGCACUGUUUUAGAAGAAGGUCGCUUUAGCUGUCAAUGUGCUCCUGGGUACACUGGAGUUCGGUGCGAAACGAAUAUUGAUGACUGUCUGGGCGAAGUCAGGUGCGAAAACAAUGCUACCUGUAUUGAUGGUAUAGAAUCAUAUACUUGCGAAUGCCAACCAGGUUUCACGGGUGAAUUUUGUGAUAUAAAAAUCAAAUUCUGCAGUAUAGAGUUCAAUCCCUGCACAAACGGUGCAAAAUGUCAGGAUCAUUUCACACAUUACACUUGUGAAUGCAUGCCCGGUUUUCAUGGAAUCAACUGUACUGACAAUAUCGACGAUUGUCAAAAUCACAUUUGCCAAAAUGGAGGAACUUGUGUUGAUGGCAUCAAUGAUUAUAUAUGCAUGUGUCCGGACGAUUUCACCGGAAAAUACUGUGAGGGACACAAUAUGGUUUCAAUGAUGUAUCCACAAACUUCUCCUUGCCAAAAUCAUGAGUGCAAGCAUGGGGUUUGCUUCCAGCCGAAUCCGUCCGGCUCCGAUUAUUUGUGCAAGUGUCAUCCAGGAUAUACCGGGAAAUGGUGCGAGUAUUUAACCAGCAUAAGUUUUGUUCAUAACAACUCGUUUGUUGAAAUGGAACCAUUGCGCACUAAACCUGACGCCAACGUAACCAUAGUCUUCAGUACUUCAGAGCAGAAUGGUAUACUUAUGUACGAUGGUCAAGAUGCGCAUUGGGCCGUGGAACUCUUUAAUGGCAGGAUUCGUGUUAGCUAUGAUGUUGGCAAUUAUCCCGUCUCUACAAUGUACAGCUUCGAGAUGGUGGCCGACAGCAAGUACCACACAGUUGAACUUCUGUCUAUCAAAAAGAAUUUUACCUUAAGAGUAGAUAGAGGUUUGGCUAGAUCCAUUAUUAACGAUGGCUCCAAUGAGUACUUGAAGCUCACGACUCCAUUGUAUUUGGGGGGAUUGCCGUCGGAACCAGCGCAACAAGCAUAUAAAAACUGGCAACUUCGUAAUCUCACCAGCUUUAAAGGAUGCAUGCGGGAAGUUUGGAUCAACCACAAACUUGUGGACUUUGAAAAUGCAGCAAGGCAACAAAAGAUCACACCAGGUUGCGCUCUUUUGGAAGGGGAGGCUGCCGAAGAUGAUGAACAAGACUUCAUGGAUGAAACACCGCACAUCAGCAAGGAGGUAGACCCUUGUGAAAACAACAAAUGCCGACGAGGAAGUCGUUGCAUACCCAACCAAAGUGCUCGAGAAGGGUACCAAUGCAAAUGUAAACACGGUCAAAAAGGACGCUACUGUGAUCAAGGUGAGGGCACCACGACAGAGCCCCCAACAAACACUGUAGCAUCAACUUGUCGCAAGGAGCAAGUGCGCGAGUACUACACAGAAAACGACUGUAGAUCAAGACAACCUCUGAAAUAUGCCAAAUGCGUCGGCGGUUGUGGCAAUCAAUGUUGCGCGGCGAAAAUAGUGCGAAGGCGCAAAGUCCGAAUGAUAUGCAGCAACAACAGGAAAUACAUCAAAAACCUUGAUAUCGUACGAAAGUGUGGGUGCACAAAGAAGUGCUACUGACUGAAAGAUGCGACUACCCAAUUAAACAGCAACAGCUUAGAAAAUACGAGUAAAAUAGAACACACAAAUAUCACCAUUUUUAGCAGUAAGAAUAGUAGUAAUAAUAAUAGGAGUAUACAUAACUAUAGCAAUAGUAAUAACGUAUUAGAUGAUAGUUUAAGGGUAACAGAAAAACUAUUUAACGAAUAUGUUAAGCGAAGAAAUGUGGAGACAUCAAAGAUAGAAAAGGGUGAGAGCAGUAAGACGAAAAACAUUACGCAAGGUCAAGGAGAUGAUGAUUUGACAGCCGACGAUGACUAUAUGAGCGAAUAUGAGACUGAAGGUGUUACAGGCGACAAUGACAGUGAACAGAUGCAACUAAAUCCAAGUACAGACUAUUAUGAUGAGGAUGGGCUGUAUGAUGACGGAGAAGAAGAUGAAGAUGAGAUCGUGGAUGAUAGCGACGAGCCCGAAUUGUUGCCUGAGGCUAAGGGUCUGGUCCAGUCAUCCAGCACUACUGAAUACGAGGAGGAGGAAGACAUGGGUUACGACGAGGACGACGAACGUAUUGCCAUUGCCGUAGAACGGCCAAAAGAAGUACGUUCGCGUUCUCAUAGUGAUCGCGAGCAAGGUUUUAUCAAUGAAGAAGGAAGCGGAAGUUUUGGAAGAUCAUCCAAAAAUGGAUACAAAGAUAACCAAAAUGAUAGAUUUAGAUUUGAUUACAUAAAUAAGUAUAGACGAAAACAACAAAAACUACCCGCCGACCACUCUAACAAUGGCAACUCGGAUGUUGACUUGCGAGAAAGCAGCGGCAAUUUUGCUAACGAUGAUGAAGAUAAUGAUGACGACAGCGAUGACGAUGACGAUGGCGACGAAGACAGCGAUGGGUUCUUUAAUUCAAAGAGGAAGUCCAAUAGCCGUUACUUCCGAAAAAAUACCAACGACGCCAUUAAAAUAAUCUCAACGCCAUUGGGCAAAGUUGGUAUUGUAUAUCAACAGACCCCAACAACAGGCGGAGAAAAGCCAUUAGAGAACACGGAAAAAAAGUCAACUUCUUUCACUGAUUUUGACGCCCUAUCGCCAGACCCAGAGAGCAGUCAUCGUUUGGCGUCUUCUCAUCCGAAAAUUACACCAGUCUUAACACCCGAUGGUAAGGUUGCCCUGCUUUAUCGUGGAGACUCCGAAAAUUCAAAAUAUGAGCCAAUACGAAAUAUCAGCACUCAUAAAUUUAGUAAAAAUGGCGAAUCUAGUUCAGAAAAGAAAUUGAGUGCCAACACGGACGUCAGCAGCGGAGAAUAUGACGAUUCCGAACAAACGUCGGACGUAGACGAUGAAGAGGAGCUUCGUUUUGGCUCUAAUCGAGACCAAAUCAACAAAAAUCCGUCUCUGGCCAAAACCACAACCAACGAGGAGCAGGCCGCUAUACUACCGGCACCAGAAACUGCACCUACAACAGGAUCCUUUAUAAUACGUCCGACAGACUCUGUGUUGCCUAUGAUAAACAGGCCAUUAUCUGAAGUACUCGGCAUUAAGAAGAACCAAUUUAAGCAGUUUCGCGUUAAGGACAGUUCUGCCACUACAACAGAACAAUCAUUGCGAUCCAUUAAUGGACUCAAUAUGGAAAGUGCCGAUUCAACUACUUUACAUUUCUUGACCAAAGUCAAUUUGGCUGACUAUCCGACGCGUUCGCGUAACUUUGACUUUGACUUUAGCAGAGAUAAUACAAUGCUUGACGAACGUACCCGCCACAGAGACCAACAGACCAAAUCUACCCUCGAUACAAACUUGCAAAACUCCAACUCCUUGGAUGACAACAAUCAAGCAUCUCAAAUAGCUAAUGAUGAGAUUUUAUCCAAAACCGAAGUUGUAAACUUGGCCAUUAUUCCACACUUCGACGAAGAACUUGAACGCUUGCAGAGACUACGCGAGUACGAAGAACGUCGCCAUUAUCGUCAGCGACAUCGACAAAAGCAAAACGACGAGGAUCUAUCCGGCAUACACUGCAUCAUGCAGGCCAUGAUGGGUAUUGCGGCCAUAUCAACAGUAUUCGGCAUGCUGGGUACUUUCUUCAAACAACGCAUACUUGACCAGUUGCGUCUCAUGCACUGGUAGUACAACAAGGGUAUUCGAUUGUUUCUCAUUUCACAAUUGAAUACCCCAUUACACUUGUUCUUGUUGCCACUGUCGUUGUUAUCCUUCUUUUAAGCUCCUUCUCUACCAAAAUACAUAUAUACAUAAUAAUUACAUAAACAUUACAUAAAAACUUAUUUCUAUAUUAAGACACUUAUCGAAUGAUUAACUACGCCAAUUAUCCACAAACAAAUUUAAUUAUACAUACAUAUAUCAUCAUUCAUUCCUCCAUGCUUCUUAAUAACAGAUAUGAAUGUACAUGCAUAAAACCACAUAUACACGCUAAUACUAGAUAAGUACGCUCCUAUACAGCAGACCUUGACUAGCAGUGCCACCAGACGUUUCCUCUUGCCGAGAUCUUUUAAUAUAUUAACGACGUUGGGCUUUAUAAUCCUCAGCUCCAGCAAUUGUAGUCAACCCUGGUCUAGCCUACUCCAUACUGUGUAUUUUGAUACACCCUUUUCUUUUCUGUUAGUAAUUAGCAAAAGAGUUUCUUCACCACUCCUUAGGUUAGGUUAGUUUGAGGGUACGCACAUUAAUCCGUCCCGUGCCACUAUGAACUUACACCUAAGCCAAUAAUCGGCUUGCUGCGCGCUCUAAAUACUAAAAAAAAACUUCGAAAAAUAAACUCUUAGCCAAAAAUUCCAUGCUACUUAAAAUAAAUUCCUAAUUUCUCUCCAUUCCACUCCCCAAAGAGCAGUUGUAUGUUACCCGCGACAGCCGGACAAUGACAUAAGGAAUGCUCCAAUGUCUCAUCAUCUUUCCCACAUGCAGUCACUUGCCGCACUUGUUCUUCUCAUAUCAACGAGUGCAGUCCGAUUAAAGUUUAAGCUCAAUGAUAGAGGGCCUCGUUCUUUUAUGCCGAAUUCGAACAGCGUGUCGCCUAGCGGCUCCAUUUGGUAGAGAAAUUUUAACAAUAAGGAUUACGCCACGUUCGGUGGCGCUCGUAGUCCUAUAUUUCCCAAUAUGAUACCGAAAGCUUCUUCCUCCUUUAGUAAUAGCCUCGUUUUCUGACGAUCUUGAUAUCCCCACGGUGCAACAUGGGUUUACGUCGCCCACGCCCUUAACCCGGACUCCGUUACUGUAAAAGCAUUCGGAUUUACCAAGUUCGUUGAUGGCAAUCCUCCUCCACAGCCAAAUCGUCUGCUCUUUCAUACCCCUUUAUUCCGCUAUGACCCUCACCCAAACAAUGUGGUGCCAUUCUCAGAGAAGACGUAAACUCCUUCUUUACUUCAAGACUGUUCGUGACAUUACUGUCCGUAAAGAUGUUUACACUCGUAAUCGUCAAGUUUACACCGUACCACCUAACGCUUUCCGUGACCGCCCGUAUCUCCGCUGGCAGGGCGGAGAUACCAACCACAAAAAUAAUUGAUAGCAAAACAUUUAAUUAAUCCAAAAGUUAAAUUAACUAAUAUUUUUUUAAUUAAAAAAAAUAUUUAAUUUAAUCGCUUUUUAGCCGAAUUUGAUUUUUCAAUUGAAAAUUUGUAGGUUUUCUCGCAAUUCAUAAAAAACUUAUAGGUCAAUCAAUUUAUUAUCGAUUAUUUAAAUGCUGUCAUUACAAAUUUUAAUUGGUUUAAAAUUUUCAUCAAAAUUUUUCCCCAUUUUCAAUGAUUAAUUUUUUUCAUUGAAUUGUAGGGUUGGAAGCCAAAGCCCACUAUAUCCAUAGGAACAAAAUGGUAUUGAUGUGAUUGAUAUUUUGUUUACAAAAGGGAUAUGGGCUUACAGAAGGGAUAUAGACGACUCCCCCAUUUUUGCAUUGUAAACCUUUUAAAGUUCAUUGUGGUGCUCAACUAACACUGUUUAUUACGAACAAACAGUACUCUCUUUGAAAUAUGUUUCAGCAUUUCCGAGAUAUUCGGCAAAUUCAGCAAAAAAGAUCAUUCUUACAACUUGUAAAUAAAUUAAAUUUUUAUAAAAACAAAAACAAACAUUAAUGAUACAAAUCUAUGGAAAUGCAAAGCCACUUAGAAUAUUUUUUGUAAUUUGUAAAACAAUUGGAUUUCUAAUGUACAUGCUAUAUAUAAAAUGGGUAUUUCUUGUUCAUAAAUUCACACAAACUACAUUUUUGAAUGCGAAAUUGGAUAAAUAAAAUUAGGUAUCCUAUUUUCUAUUUUAUUUAAUUAGUUAUGACAGAACAUUUGUCCCAUUGGCCGAGCUUACCAAGCGUCUCGAUCUUCUGCGCUCCUUCCCCAAUCUCUGACACCAAGUUUCGAGAUGUCUUUUACCAUUUGAUCUUUCCAUCGGAUUUUCGGUCGUCCCGGUUUGCGCGUACCACAGAGCUUGGCUUCAAAAAACUUCUUACUUUCUUUCUCCUUCUUUACGAAGAAUCUAGGAUCCAUAUAACACCACGGGUAGUAUCAGUGCCCUGUAUAGAAAACAGAUUCGUUGCCACAACCAAUAUGAAGGUUCAUAAACAGUUCGGUAACGACAGCCAAUGUUGAAAUUGAGGUUAUUGCCCUAUUUUUGUUAUUGGUACCAAAAAUAGUACUGUAUGGAAAAAUUAAAAGAGCAGGCUUUUGACAUAUUGUUAUUUAUAUUUCUUUACUUGAAGAAUCCCAAUAUGUAAAAAAUUUCCAAGAAGAUGAUAACUUUUCUACAAUAAACAGAGCAAUAUUGCUAUCCGGUUAGCAAAUUGCUAACCAACAGCAGAGCCAUGCAGGCUUAUCCAAAAGACGCAGUGAGCUCCUCGUAAAUAAGAUGUUCGCUUAUUGAAGUACAGACUUCUAAAACUUUUACCUAGUAUAAUUGUUUAAGUCCAUACUUUUGCACUAUUAAAAACAACCAUACUUUACACAGAGAAGAAAUAACUUUAAUGUUUUUCCGAAUAUAAAUGAUAAUAACACAUUCGAUUAAAGUAACUGAUUGGUUGAAGCACUAACUAAAACAAUCAGACUGAAAUCGUAGUUGAGGCUAAUCUUUGUUUGUACUCCUUUAGGAAUUUUCAAAUAUUCAGAAGUUGAUACAACAACUAGAGUCAAAACAAAAUUUAUUUUUUAUGCAAAUGAUUGGCACAACCAAUAGAUUGACUAUGAACAUCUUCAUUCAAUGGUUUCAAUAGUAUCGUAAUCAAUUUGACUACUGAACCAAGAAAAUGACUGGUACUUACAAUUAAAAAUUAUUUACCAAUAUCAAAAAUUUAUGUCUAUAAUCGAAUUCCAACCAAUGACUUCUCUGGAUAUAGGCGCCAUCCUUUUUUUGAUAUAUUGAAAGCAAAAGGUAUAAAUGUAUACUAAUACACCCAGUCGAUAAACUGUCAAAAGAUGAGAUAAAAUUUGAAAAUUAGCCACAACUCAAGUACACUUUUUAAAAGUUCUAGCGGCAAAAGUAGACGCCACACUCAAAAGCAGAAGUCGAAUUGAACGAAGCAGGUAGCAAUAGCAAAUCGAAUAUGUAUGUAUAGAUAGAUAUUCUUUCAAUGUACAGACAGACUUCCAAUGUGAAUAGCUCAUUACAGAUCGAUACGAACUAGAGAAUUUAGCAAAUUUUGAGUAUGAAAUAUUUCGAAAAGUAGAGCGCAUCAUUGCUGACGUCUUAUCGAUUGUGAAGAAAAAAAUCCUUGCAGAUGUAAAUCUGCAUUAUGCAAACACCUGUACAUCGUACUCUCUAAGAACAUCCAAAGCCUAAAUGUGUAUCUGAGGAUUACACAUGUAUAUCAUUGAAUCGAAUAUUAUUUUAGGAGUACAUUAAAGCAUUUUCUUUGUGACUAACAUAACUCUUACAUACAAACAUAUAUUCACUCGUAUACCCACUUACAUACAUACUAUAUUAACACAUACAUGCAUACAUAUAUGUAAUUAACGAAAUACUACAUGCAUUCGUACAUAUAUAUUUACGCUAAUAUUCGCAUAAGAAGGUGAUGUGCCAGCUACCCAGGCAGAAAACUCAUACGAGCUCACCGACACGUAGCACAGCCCAUAAUGACAACGAAAUCCAAUGUAAUUCAUUUUCAAACCUAAUUCCGAGAUACAUUUUCUACGCGCACUAUUUUCACUUGUUUCCCUGCAAACUACAAAACAAUCUCGCCUAAUCGAUAACAGUGACAAGUACAGAUAACAGACAUACAAAUACAAAAACCAAAAAAAAAAAAUCGGCCAAAUCCUGGCAAAAAGUUCACAACGUUGUACGCAACAUUGUACAAAAUUUCCACCGCACAAAAGUAUUGUCCCGUUUCCGAGUCAUAAUCGUGUAACACCAACGCUGUCCGCAGCACCCAAAAGUGUAAAUUCAUUCCAUCCCAUACAGACAAACAUUUAUUAAAUAAAGACGAUGACACUCCCAAGAAGACCCAAACAAACCCAAACAUAGAUGGAAGAAGACCGACAGACAUUUAACUGCCAGGCCCCUCUUUAUUCCCUCAGAGAUUCGAUGUAAUCGGCAUGGCCGCCGAAGCACGCCAUGGCCGAAGCGAAAGUGAAAAUAUUUAUUUGUAUUUUUUAAUGUAUACAAUCUAUGAUGUAUUUAUAUUGUAAGAUCUUUACUAUUAUAAAACGAAUUUUUCAACAAAUCGUUGCAAAAGAACCCUAGAAUAAUCAAAGAAACCAACAACAAAGCUCAAUGGUGAACCUAAACAAGUUAAAUCAAUUAAACACGAACUAACAUCUAAGCUGGGUAGUCGCAUGUAAAAAUAACAAUUUUAACAAUGAACGUAAAUGCGUAUUUAUUAACUCUUAUUAUAAGUAACACUAAUAUAUACACCUACGUAGUUCAAUAAGUUAGACUAACAAAGAAUUGAACAUGGAAAACAAAUGUUUGUUUUAUUAUUAUUUUUUUGUUUUUUUUUUUAUUUUUUUUUAAUGAGCCUCAUUCAAUUACAUACUACAUACGCACUACGAUAAAGGGAAUAAAGUAGUGAGCGGAAAUCAAGGAGAUAACAUGUCCAUUAUUUCAAAUCAUUCCGGGGUGUUUAUCCUCGAUGUGUACUUAGUUCACUAUCUGCCGAACUAUAGCAACGAAACCAGCGAAAAACAAAACCAUUCGAGUGCGACAUACUAUGUGUUUGGUUUCCGUAAACGUUCGUUCCUCAUUCUAUCGGUUAUGUACAAAUAAAACUAUAAAACAAAUAAACUAUGAAAUCUUAGCCGGAAAGUAGAAAUGAUCAAAACAGCCGCUAACACAUACCACAUACCCUAAUACAUAUUUGUGUUACUGUUCCAUAUAAUUUGUCAUUUUUGUCUAUUGUAUGUAUCUAUGCCUAAAUCUAUAUUCUUAUGUCUAUCUAUCGAAUAACGAACGAAAUAAGUAAUCGAAUGUGUCGAAAUUAAACUUCGUCAAAAAUUAACAAUAAACAUACAUUCACAUGGA